AUGCUGCGUAAGCAUCUACAAAUGGCAGGCAGCAGCGUAUGUGGCAUAUCGACUACCAAGCCUGAUGGAGCGGCUGCGGCAAUUCAGCCGCCAAACGAUCAGCAAGACGGCACUGUCCAGGCCGACAUCACAACAGACAAAGUCCCGGCACAAACAGGCGAUAGUGCAUUACCUGUUAGUGAGGACGAAGAGUCUGGCGAUGAUGACGAUGAUGACGAGAUAGAGGGCGACGACAACGAAUCCGAAGUCGAGGACACCAUCUACGGUAUCAAGUUCCGCACCAUAGCAGAGAUAGGGGAAACCAUCCCCAACUGGCUGCCGCCUUUCCCUACCAUUGUCGAGAAACCAGCCGAACAAGCAACCGUGGAUGUCAGUAGCAUCGAAAAAGCUUCUACCAAGACUUCAACCGAAGGGGAUGCCACAGAGGGAGCUGAGGCGGGCGCUGUGAGUGUACGCACAAGACAAGGCGGGGAUGGAUUGGAGGGCCGAGAUGUGUUUCAUGACGAUCCCUUCAGCAACGAGCCGUCCCUGGGCACUAUUGGCGCGGGCCAGACGAAUGGGGGGUUGGCUGAGAUGCAGCAGCAGCGUAUGAUGAACAACAUGGGCAGCCACCACACUACCAACCAGCCCAACAACGGGGCUGUAGAAGUGCUGAGUUUCUCGGACGACGAGGACUUCCAGCGCCGCAUCUCGUAUGAUGGACCCAUCCGGAGUGCCGUGGAGACUGGAAACAACCGUCUGGGCGGCAAUGGUAUAGGCGCACCGGGUAGAUAUUCCGGCGGUUGGCAAGGGCAGGGUACGAGCAACCUGCUUCUGGUACCCACCACGCCGCCCGAACUGAGCGGUGAAGACUCGGAGGAACUGAGCGCCAGUAGUGACGAGGAGAAUGUGGAUCCCGUGAUCAACGUCGGGGUGAAGCAGAGUGUGUGGGAUUCCGAGAAGCAGGGACGGGGCGAUAGACCGCCCAGUGGUAGGAAUAGGCGGGCCGAUUCAGGUUCGGGGGGUGUGCACAAGGGCGAGAAUGGACACGCAGGAACGGGGUCGUUCAGGAGGCGAUCUGUGACGGCUAAGGAUAGCUCGUUCGGGCAGAGCGAGACUGGCGAUGACGACGAUAACUGGAGCGAUGGCUCGGACGCCCCUCUGCGACCAAAGAAAUUGGCUGUGGGCGAUAGCAAGCGAGGUAUCAAGGAUAAACCCUUGGGUGAUAAAGAGAAGGGCUGGGAGGGCUUGCCAGCCGUGCAGAAUACCAGUCAAAUGGACUCCACCCCUACGCUGGAAGGGCAUAUACAGCCCGUACACAAAACCCGAAGCCCGGAGAUCCCGGCAGCUUCGACUGUGCGAAAGGACGGGGGUAGUGCGGUAGUACAUUUGACGAGGAUAAAGAGCGAUCCUGAUGACGUGGCGUAUGCAGUGGGUGAUAGUCCGGCGGGUACGAAGAAGGGCGGCAAGUUGGGUGUUGGUGGUGUUUCGGGUAAGGACCGCAAGCAUAGGAACAGAGACAAGGAUAAGGAGAGAGAUAAAGAUAGGGAUAAGGAUAGGGAUAGAGGGCGAAGUAUGAGCGGCGUCAGUACGAACGAUAAGAGCGCCAAAAGUAAGCGCAGCGGAUCACCCACGAAGACUGGUAGUAGAUCCAAGGAUAAAGACAAACGGCUACCCAUCCGUCCCGAUGGCAGUGAUGCUAUAGCACUCUCCGGAACGAGUAAUAAGUCGAAGGACAUCAAAGAGAAGAAGAGCAGCCCGCGUCCGUCUCUGAAUAGGAAGAUCAAGACAACCCCAGCACCAAGUCCCUCUCCCAGCUCGGCAGUGGUGUCGGGCAAGCAAGCAAUGGUUGAAGAUGGUGCGGAAGACAAGGACUUGCUCAGAGUCCAUGUGCGAAGCACGCAUGAAAAUGGAAAGGAUGAGGGCAAGCGAGGCCGGAAAGUAAGCCCCCACCGCCGCGAGAAGCGACUAUCCCGGUCGCCUUCGAAAUCUCCGCUAAGGUCCAAUGCCGGUGGCAGCCCGAUUCCACCCCACUCACCAUCCAAGAAAGAUAGAGAUACAAAUACAAAGAGGCGCGAGAAAAAAGUUUCGCACCGUGAGAACAAGUAUAAGAGCGACAGCGUGAUUACAUUAAAUGUCAAGGAGCCUGGCAAUGACGACGGUAAAGAAUCGAGCGGAGAAAGGUCCAGAGACCGAUCGCGUGAUAGAAGCAGGGAGAAGAGUCGAGACAAGGACAGGGAUAAAGACCGUGCAGACAAACGUCACAGAGACAGAGACAAGGAAAGAGGGGUUAAGCCUGGACUCGCAUCCCCGCAAAAAGAGGGCACCGAGGGCCAUAAAUCCCCGUCGGUUACCAUCGGAGUACCCAAAUUCUUCAGCAGCAGCAGAGAUUCUGAAGCAGGCGAUAAGGCUAAGAAGCGAGACAAGCCUGCGAAGGAGAAAAGCUCGUUUGGUGCAGCGCUGAGUGCGGCGGUGGGUGGCACCACUUCCCCUCAGGUGCACCAGAAGGAUAUGUAUAAGGGCCCGACAAAGAUCAGGUUGAAAACCGGCUCGAGAGGUCCUGAUGGAGAGAUGGACAAGCACGAAGAUAGGGACCGGGAUAAAGAGAAGGAUAAAAGCAGGGAGAGUGGGAAGGAGAAAGAGCGAGAGAAGGACCGAGAUGGUCUGUCACUGAAAGUGAAACUCGUUGGCAAAGCCGGCGGUGAGUCUCCUCGGAAAAGACCGCUGAGUCCGGCUGAUGCUGGACCGCUAAAGGUCAAACUGGGUAGCAAAAUGGGCGUAGAAUCGCCCAAGAAAAGGCCUUUAAGUCCUCCAGAACCGUCUAAAAGGCAGGAAGAGAGUAGGGCUUCGGAAACCUCGUCGCAGGCGCCGAAGAAGAUGAAGCUCGCUGUGGGCGGUGGUAAGUCGGAGAGAAGUGCGGAACAUAGUAUCAAACUGAAACGCAGUGACGGCGGGGAUGGCAAGUCCAGCGGCAGUAGUCCGAAUAGGAAACGCAAGCACACAGACCAUGGCAACGAAACCUCGGAACUGUCGCUGAAACGAGGCGGGUCUCUAUCGCCCAACCCGGUUGGUACCCACAGGAAGAAACACCGAUCACGGUCACCCAGUCCUAGGCCAGAUAGCAGCUCACGGCUCUCGAACAAAGCGUCUCGGCCGCAUCACAGCCCGAAGAUCGAUAAUGUUCGCGAAAGUCCGAAGAUUCCUAGCACGAGUCCUCGCCCGGUGAGUGGUGAGACUACUCGAGACAAAAACAGCGGAACGCGACACAAGGUAUCGAAGGGAGGUAGUAGCGGUGUUAGCGGUAGUAGUAAGAGUAUAGUCAAAGACGGGAAAAUUAGAAUACGGCCCAGCUCUAGAACGUUAGAGAGGGUCGCCGGCAAGGAACCGAGCGCGGACAGGGAGAAAGGUAGGGAUAGGGAGAAGGAUAAAGAUAAGGAUAAGGAUAGUAAGGAUAGGAACAAAGACAAACAUAGAGAUAAGUACAAGGAUGCCAUUUCGUCUCCGCCAGUGACUAUGGAGACGGGUUCUGAGACGCCAAGUCUGAGGGGGCGAUCUCGGCGCUCAUCAGCGACGUAUGUGACCCUUCCCGUCGAGAAGUCAGGUACAGGUGAUGGCAAGGCGCGGACCAGUACGUCCGAUAUUCCCGAGUCCAAGAGCUCCAAGGCUAAGAAUAGCAAGGACAAGGAUCGCGACAGAGUGAGUGUGAGUGCCAAGUCGCCGACCGCAAUGGAGAGGCAGCCGUCGAUACCCGGAUCUGGUUCGAGGCCACUGUUUGUUGUGGGGGCCAAGAAGGUUGUGCUAAAGACGAGCGAGCCCACAAAGGACAAGGAUAAGGACAAGGACAGGGAUGUUAGCGCAGGUGAUCUUUCUGCGCAUGGUAGAGACCGCGAUUCGAAGGCGACCAAGGCGGCGUCAAAGAGGGAUAAAGGAAGCAAACACUCUACUGUUGCUGCGAAGGAGGAGAAAGCUAGGUCGGACGAUCCGGCGCCAACGAGUGGAGGGGGUUUUGAUAACGAUGACGAAGAGAAUAUGACGUUCGCUGACCUGAUUAUAGCGCCACGUGGAGAAGAGAAGGACAAGUCGAAGAAGAAGAAAAAGGAGAAGAAGGAUAAAAAGGACAAGAAACGCAAGAGAGAGCGCACAUAUUCUCGGUCCGUUUCGCCACACGCCUCGCCCACAUUCGAUGAUAAUCCACCGACGGCGAAACACUUGUCGAUCAAACUGAAGAUUUCACGUCCAGACGCUAAGCUAGAAGUGCCAGUUGCAGCGCCUGAACCACCGCCUUUACCCCCCAUCGAUAUCGCGUACAACUGCGUUAAGUGUCCGGCGGUCGAUACGCACGAUAUGAUUUGUUGUGAAGCGUGCGAUUCCUGGUUCCAUUUCCACUGCGUCGGCCUUACCCAGACGGAGGUCAACUCGAUUGAGAACUAUUAUUGCAAGUCAUGCAAAAAGAAAGGUAAACACAAGAAGAAGAAGUAG